AUGGAGAAACUACACACGGAUGUACAUACAAGACUCGUUGUUCGAUGGUGAACUUGCAAGACUUUUUGAUAACAACAAUGGGCAGAUUAAAGGGGUACGAGGGACCGCGGCAGCCCCUUUUUCUGUGAAAAUUUAUUAUUAUUAUUAUUAUUUUCAAAGAUUCUCUGAAAAAUAAAUUAUAAAAACUGGCAAGUGUACGGGUACCCCUUUCUGAAUUUUUUGAUCGCAUCCGCCCCUCGGUGCGAUAUGUCAAUCGGCUUGUCGACCGCGAAUCGGUCGGUGGUGCCAAGAUAUACUCUUGAGUACACACAUCCGAAAGCUGCGUUAGUAUUGACUCCAUGAGCUCCAAGGCCAUGACAAAUACAUGCGCGAAUUCCUUUCCGUAACGUAACUAUUGUGGGCUUUUCAACAAAACUUGCCAGAUAAAGAGGCUUAAAACAAAACUGGCUAAAGAAUGACUUUUCAACAGUUGCAAAAGAAGGUUGCGUCCUAACACGACCCUUGAUCUAUUUUGGACCAUUAUGCAAAUCUCUACAUCUUUUAAUUAAACAUCCAACUUCCAUAUUUGCUUCCCCCAACCAAUCAGCAUAUUCCGCAUGUUUAUAUAUAAGGCUAAAAAAAUAAAAAAGGACAUUACCCUAGAAACAGCACAUAAAUAGAGUUCGUUUCUUCGUUUCCUCGGCAGCCUGUUCGUACGAUCUAGAGGGUUCACUGAAAUGUCUUCAGAUGAAGAGAGUUUGGAUGAAGAAGGUGCGCCUUAUCUUGGUGAAUAUGAAGGAGAAAGAAAUGAAAGUGAAGAGCGUCAUGGAAAAGGAAAAGCAAAGCUACCAAACGGUGACGAAUAUGAAGGUGAAUAUUUACACGGCAAGCGGCAUGGACAAGGCACUUACAAGUAAGUUUGGCUAUAAAAUGUAGAAAACACCACCACGGUUGAUAGACAAUGUUUUCGUUCUACAGUAGAACCCCGCUCUACGGACACCCGCAUAUAACGAACAGUGUAUAUAAAGAGUUUCUCUAAAAUUAACCCGCUUAAUACGGACACCGCCGUUAAUAUGGACAACGGACAUUUUCCUGUGUCCCGAGUCACGAACUCCCGCGAACACAUCGUCAACCCCGCUUUACGGGGCUGUUUUUCUGCGCACCGCCUAUGAAUGAACAUUUUACCAGUGAAAAUCUAACAGAAACGGCGAAUGACCUUUUAAAGGAUCUGUCUCAUAUCCAGUCCAGUCCACCUGGCUCAGUCGCAGACUAAAACUGUCAUUAUAACGUACAGUAACGGAUUCCAUUGUCGUGUUUCACGAACAACACUUAAAAUGUCAUUUAGGUCCGAGACUGAUAAAUGAUCGUGAGGUUUCUUUAGGAUAAUCGUGUUGUAGUCACAGUUAAAAUGUAGUGAAGUUGUCUCCUUCUUCUUUACUGAUUACGAUGAAACAUGUAUCCGUGACGUUUUUUUGUGACAGCCCGCUUAAUAUGGACACCCGGUUAAUAUGUACACUUUGGUAUGUCCUCUAGGUGCCCAUAUCAACCAGGUUCCAUUGUAUUUCUUCCUCCUCGAACAAUAGAAGCAAAAGCUUUGCAAGUCAUAGACAGUCAGCGACAAACAAUUAAAAAGUUGUUUGUAACUAAAAGAACAAGAACAAAAGGACAAACAUUCUUGUCACUCAUCAUUAGACAAAAAGUUCAUAAACUGCUAAGACAACCGCAAUUCCAGUUUUAUUCUUUUAAGAAGUUAAAUAGUUCCUCGUCUAACCUGAGAAUUGACGAUUUCGGAGACGAGAGAUAUCAGUUCACAUUUUGGAAGAUGAACUGGCUGUACAGAUAAAUUUAAACGGCGAAUGACCUUUCAAAGAUCUGUCUUAUUUCCAGUUCAGUCCACGGACGGGCUCAGUCGCAAACUAAAACCGUCACAUAUAAAUUUCAGUAACGGAUUCCACUGUCGUGUCCUGAGAAUUGACGAUUUCGGAGCCGAGAGAUAUAAGUUCACAUUUUGGAAGACAAACUGGCUAUACAGAUAAAUUUAUACCACAGGGCUAUGAUGUUCCAUAAGCUGCGAUAUAGUUACCAACAGCGAGAGCUUGCGAAAGUCAGCAAAAAGGCUAUCCCUCAGUCUUUAAAAUGCAUUUUUUAGGUUUCAAGGCGGAGGAAAAUAUACAGGAAGUUACAUGAAUGGGAUUAAGCAUGGAGAAGGUACCUUCGUCUACCCUGAUGGCUCCAAAUAUGAAGGGUACUGGGUUAAUGAUGUGCGCCAAGGCCAUGGAAAAUACACGUACCCUAAUGGAGACAUUUACGAAGGGGAAUGGGCUGAAAACCAGCGGCAUGGCCAUGGUGUAUACAGUUAUGCAGUUACCGGCUCAAAAUACAGCGGGAUGUGGGUACACGGAAAGAUGGAGGACGCGGGAGAGUUGAUUCAUGCUAAUCAUCGUUUCGUCGGUUGCUUUCAACAAAAUCAGCCUAAAGGUAAGGGCAAGUACAUUUUUGACCACGGCUGUGAAAUGCGUGGUACCUAUGAACUUGCUGAAGUUGUCCUGGAGCCAGAUAACGAGGAAGAAGAAUCGGUUACUAUUUUGGAGCCAAAAUGGAGAAUACAAGAACUAGUGUCUAUUGAUUAA